AACCGGUGUGUGGUUUUCUCGCCAGUCCUGCCGCCUCAUACAACAAACCAUGGUGUUGGUGUCAUCAACUACACCCAUGGGAGUGGAAAUGUUAUGUGGUAGGCUUGUUUCAAGAACCUCUUUUGGCGACAGAACAAUAGCUAAUGCCGUGCUCGUUAGCUAAACGUUUCAUUUUAAAAAAAAUAACCUUAGCGAUUAUGUGUCUCCGACAGCCAACAUUACCAUGGUAAGGUAGCAAGCCAGCUAGCAUCUGGUGGUGGUGUUUCAGAUCCCUAAAAUCGCUGGUAGCCUACGUCAAUAUUUUUUUUAUUCGGAUAUGUCGGAAGCGCUCAUUCAUACAAGAAAAAGUUACAGCAAAACCAGGAUUGUAAAUGUCACCAUGCCCUUUAUUUGUCAUUACCAACUAACGUCUCUAAGGACAAACUUGUUAAUGUAGCAAGAGUCAUACGGUAGGUUUCAUUCAUUAGCUGCUUAUAGCAUUUGCUUUGAUCGUCUAAUAGUGAGAACGUUCCGCACAGGACUCCUGGAUAAAUUAGUAGCCUACUCUAAUAUUCUCCGUUCCACAAAUCUAGCCUUCCUGUGGAGGGACUUAAUUGUAGGCUAAGUAAUGUCAGACGCCGUGGACAGAAACUGUGGUAUAAAUGAGACUAAUGACGAGGACGAACGAGAACUUCGAUCGGGCGCACCUGGCAGUGGGCAUCCCACAGGGAAUUCUGUCAGACCGAAGAAGCUCAUUCUCCACAUCGACUUGAACAAUACCAUCCUGGUAUCAGAUGCCGUGACUAAGCAAGGGACUGUCGCCGCUUUGGAUUACUUUCUUUCCACGGUCACUUGGGGACAUAUGUCAAAAGGCAAGUGGGAGUGGAUAUCUGAAGCCCCCUCCCUCUCGCCACCCAACAAAGAUGCCGUCAGUUACUACUCGAAGUUCGGCCGAGUGGCUGGCUUCACCACAGCUGGACCUGGCCGGAAGUUCCGUGGGGUGCUGGAGGAGCACCUGGCUCAGCUGCGCUGGCCCGCGGACCUGCCCGCGGAUGAGGAGUUCUCCGUGAGGGGGGAGGACGGCAACCUGUACCACUGGAUCUUGCCCUCUUUUUUCCAGCUCCUCCAGGACCUGGCCUCCCAAGGCCGCGAGUUUGGCAUCUUGUUCCGCACUUUUGGCACUGACCUGCCCCGAGUCUUGACAGCGGUCCGCAGAGCCUUGACCCAGGGGGACCAUCCACUGUUCCCGGACCUCCCUGCCCUAAAGCUCUCUGUGAGCGAUCUUCCUGGCCGGAUCCGCUGCAGCACUAAGGGCACGGUUCUGACCCGAGGGGAGGAGAAGCUGUCGUCUCGUGAUGGGGACCGCGCCAUCUACCAGUACCUCAGCGCUGUGGAGGGCCUGGGCGGCUUCCAGGACCACUUUGACUGGUGGGCCCGCAACACCUACUCCAUCUUGGGUGGUAAGCCUCUGUGGGUGGAUCCUUUUGACGGCAGUGUGCAGCACAUCUUCAUUGAUGAUAACAUUCGCCAGACGGAUGAGGAUACAAUUGUCCACCCCAAGGUGUUUUUGGAACCCGAGGGCUCCCAGACUCGCACAGCGUCCACUUUGGAGCUGUAUGACCUCUGCCUGGUGCAGAACGACCUGCUGCAGGCCAUUUCCGACUCCGGCUACUUCACCAAGCGCAUCCAAUCCUGCCAGGAGAACUACGAGAGCAACCUGCAGCAGGGCACCAGCUAGAGGCCUCGGCCCAUUCAUCUUGCACACAGGCAUGACAGGGUGGGAGGGAGGGCAGAACCGAGGGAAGAACGCAAGACAAUUUUGAGAUUAAAUUUAAAGGAUGAAGGUUUGUUUGGUGUUUGAGUGCAGGGGGCUGUUAUUGUUUGAUGCAUUACAGUCCUGUCUGGGUGAAGUUUGAUGGAUGGAUUUGAAGUAGCUUUGGACCAAAAACGUAUAAUGUAAAGGUCAGACUAGUUUUCACUUCUUAUCCCUGUCCUCCUCCCCCUCCUCCUCUCAAAAAAAAAAAAAGAAAUGAUACACCUGGCAGUGUUUUGGGUCCCAGCACUUAUAGGCGUGUUCAAGUGAAGACAUUUUAGUUCACUCAUGAAUGUCUCCUCAGUCCUCAUUUAUUUCUCAGGGUGAUUGAUGCCUAGCGUUAGAGAUACAAAAUAUUUUUUUAUAGGAUUGUUUUUGUUUGCUGCUGUUUUCAAAUGGCCUCAAUCAAAAUAGAUUUAUACAUAGUAAGAUUUGGUCUGGGUACAUAAAUAAGAGGUGAUGAAACUUGUUGAAAAGAGACCAUUUCUCCAUUAUGCUCAGUAUGCUUUUAGCUUUUAGUCCAUUGUAAUUUGGUACAUUUUAUCCUCAACUGAGCACUGAGUUCUAUUUAGACUUCAUAAAAUGUUGGUCAAUAUUAUUUAUUAACUCGACAGGAUGUUAAUUGCAAAUGAAGAACUAAUUGUAUUGCUGCAUGCUCACAGUGGUACAGUUCCUUCAGUCUUCUCCAUCAUACACAAACAGGUCAGUACUGUAUCCUGGGUACAUGCAGAACAUUGAUAAACAUGGAAAGCAUACAAAGCAGUUUAUUUCCGUGGAAUACUUGCACACAUAUUCAAGAAGACCCAUGUUGCUGAGGUCAAUUCUCUGAUGUUUUGCACCGAUCAGUGUUAAAUUUUGCCUUUACAACUAAAUCAAGAAUGCAAUGUCUUCCAUCAACAACACAUUUGGAUUUGUGCAUCACAGAGAAGAUGCUUAUAUGCACUGAAUAUUAAGAACAUGUGGGAGAUUUAGUAGCAUUAUUUAUCUCUUAUUUAUUUGGAUCUGUCAGCAUAUCCUUUUUUGUUUGUUUUCUAUUGGUUUAAUUGCACUUGAAUUGAUUACUUGAGGUCUUCAGAGACCAUGUGCAUAUUUUAGGAGUGUGGCGUGGCUUGGUUAUGGUUGUCUUGAACAAGGACUAGACCUAUAGGUUUUGUCAGAUAUGACUUGGAAGAACACAUCCUCUCAUUGCACUCAGCAGAAAGAGAGAUGCAUUUAUUGUCUUGUUUCAUAGGAGAGUGGUUUUAGAAAACAGAUGUCUGUCUCCGACUGUGCUCACGUCACCAAAGCGAUCUACCACCAAUUCAAUGUCUCAUCUAACCCUCCUGACAAGAACAGACAUGAUGGACCCACUGGGCCUUUGUGCACUCACUGAGUGUGUCUUGCCAUAUCUUGAAAUAAAAGUCGUGAAUGAA